GUGUAGUCAGCGCCAUACCACACGGCGCACCCAUGCAGUAUAGUGUGAGCAGACCACCAAAUAGGAUCCUGUAAAAUUCCGUCGUGAAUAUUAUUUUAUUUAACUUCGCUAUAAAUCGUUAUCGCUAAAGGAAAAGCAUCAACGAAAAUCAUCGUCCAAGCAACAGAUGUGUAAAGCAUAUACCGACGAAGGCAAUCUAUUUAGGCAUAUAUUGGCGAUUUGAAUUACAAAAAAGUCACGCCUUCACGAACAAAACAGGACAUUCAAGAAUGGAUCUUAAUAAAAUCCUUGCAAUCAUCAAAGAGGAAAACCUUUUGGCAGUACGCUUCGAGCAGACUGACACUAAUGGGAUCGCAAGGUCUAAGCUUGUACCUGCUAGACAUUUUAAAACAAAGGCAACGGAAGGGCUGCAGUUCAUCCUCUGUCAUCUAUCUUUUGACGUUCAGCUAAACGUUGCCACCAAUUCUGGCUAUGCAGAGGAGAUAGGUUAUGGAGACGCUGCCACUUUUCCUAUUUACGACACGUUUCAAGUUCUUCCAUGGUUGGAACGAACAGGUCGAAUCCUGAUCGAGCCAACUUGGAAAGGUUCCGAAGUAGAGGGUCAUCCAAGAGUUGUAGCUCGCAGACAGUUGGAGAAACUGAGGCAACUCGGUAUAUCUCUCUACUCAGCUCACGAACAUGAAUUCUACGUGGUGGAUAAAGAAACAAAGAAGCCACUCAACGAAGAUAAAAACGCACAUUCUGCUAUUCGAGAUACACCAUACCAUAAUCUUCUAAACAAGUUCAUGGAAUAUCUUCCUAAGGUUGGUGUAGAUGUUGAGCAUGUCGAGAAUGAGUACGGGCCUGGUCAACUUGAAAUCUCUUACAAACCUGCUUUUGGAAUAAGUGCUGCUGAUAAUGCCCACACCUACAAGACAUCUAUCAAAGAAAUUGCCAUUCUAAAUGGAUAUAUGGCAUCUUUCAUGUCUAAGCCAUAUCCUAACAAAUCUGGUUCAUCUAGCCAUUUCAAUCAUUCUCUUUGGGAUAUCAAUGAGAAAGUUCCACUCCUUUACGAUGCAAACGAUCCAUUGUCUCUUUCUGAAACAGCUCAACACUGGAUCGCUGGCAUCUUAGCUCAUGCUCCUGCCAUCGAAGUUCUUAUGGCUCCAACCGUCAAUUGUCUCACCAGGGUCACCCCACACACAUUUUCCCCAAUCAACGCUACCUGGGGCUUCGACAACCGUACGUGUGAUAUCCGUGUAAAAAUCAACGGUCCAGAAGGAACCUACAUUGAACAUCGCGCUGGAGCCGCUGGAUGCAACCCAUACCUAUCUCUGGCUGCAACAGUUGCAGCUGGGAUUGAUGGCAUUGUCAACAAGCUUAAAUUGCCACCACAGGUCACUGGUGAUGCCUGUGAAGAAGCCGAUCUUCCUCCAAAAACAGCCAACCUCCCAACAAACAUGGAGGACGCCCUCACUGCUUUGACCAACGAUGAAACAAUCUGUGAUGCUCUGGGUAAAGAUUUCAUCAAAUGCUUCACAGCGGUGAAAAUUUGCGAAGCUAAGCAGGCGAGGGAAGCUGAAGCUAGAGGCGACAAAGAUUGGGCCUUCAACUUCUAUUUUGAAUACUUGUAGGUUAUUUGUUGUAUGAUAUAGAACGGCAAAUAGCUUCAGGGGUCAACAUCUUCAUUUGUACGCUAUACUAUUAUGGGUUACUUGUUGAAUAGAGGGAGACAAAGUAGUAGUUGAAGGACGUAAAAAAAUCGGAUGUAAAAAAAGAAAAUAAUUUCUUUUUAAAGUUUCGCUUACUUUCAUUAUGCACAUUCUGCGUCGGUAUGCAAAUGAUGAGACUGAUGACUGCAUCCUCUCACUAUUUCUUUGUAUUUCAUUGUGUGAAUUAUGAAAGUCUAAUUUAAGUCUAAUUUACUCCUCGUUGUCAGAUGAAAACAAAUAAUUCCUCCCUGAACAUGUAGAAAAGCAUUGUUUAAUACUAUAUGGUUCAGUCAAGUUGGUC